AUGCCUGUAGAUCAAGAAAAAUUAGCUAAGCUGCACAAGUUAUCAGCAGCAAACAAAGUUGGUGGUACCAGAAGGAAAAUAAACAAGAAAGGUAAUUUAUAUAAUAACAAUGACAAGGAUAAUACCAAGUUACAAGCUGAACUUCAUAAACUGCAUCCAAUGACCAUUGAAAACGUUGCCGAAGCAAAUUUUUUCAAAAAGAAUGGCAAGGUUUUACAUUUUAACAGUGCAGUUGUACAGAUUGCCCCUCAAUGCAAUCUCACAAUGAUUCAUGGCCAACCGAAAGAGAAUACACUUAAUGGGCUGUAUCCGAGCGUAGCCUCUCAAUUAGGUAGCCAAGAACUUGAGUAUUUGACAGGUUUGGCUCAUAACCUAGAAAAUGAACAGACGGUGCUCGACCAGCUGGGCGACAGAUGCAGCGAGACAAAACAACAAGUGAUGAAUAGCUGA